CAAUUUUCACGUUGUCGAGUGUAGUGGAGCCGCAGCGGCGCCACCGACGGAGCGCGCCGCAUCACAUCACCUCCGGAGACCUGACACGCUGCGUCGGGGUCAAACUCGGCCGCGCCGCACACGCACGCGCUGCGAAAUACACCGAUAAAGGCAACAGCUUCGCGCGGCCACAAAACGAUGCCGACACCGUUGGGAGCCAGCAACCUCCCGCCGCCCCCGCCCCGGGUGAAGUCGCCGCCCCGCUCCAGCAGCACGGCCGCCGAGACGACGACCUCGGCCGAGAAGGCCGAGCCGAUGGAGGCCCCGCACACGCAGGGCGUCGCGCGAGCUAUAUCUGUACGCAAGGUCCAGUUCGACGACGCGUCGACGACGCGCGACUCCUGGCUGAGCCCCUUGGGCGACGACGACGGCGUCGACGACCUCGCCAAGGAGCUCGAGCGCCAGGCGACCAGGGCCGAGCGCCAGGCCGCGUCGGCCCAGGCCCAGACCGAUUCGUUAUCACCGGUACCCGUGAAGCGUUUAUUACCGCACCGCGGGACGCUGACGCCGCGCGAUUUGGAAAGUCGCGAGUCGAAGCGGCACGUCGCUGCAUUAAGAUUGCAGACGCUGCUGCACCACCGUAGAGCUGAAAAAGCCCGCGAGAAGACGGCGCAGCUCGAGCGAUUACGGCGGCGCGCGCGGUCGCCGCGGUCGCCGCCGCCGUCGCCGUACCGCGACGCGGAGGCCCUUCAAUUGGUUCAGAAGGCCGAGGCUGAAAGUGUCGAAGCGCGGCGCGCGCGCGUCGAGGCCGAGGCGGCGCGGGACCGGGCCCGGGCCGCCCAACGACAAGCGCAGGAUGAAGUAGAGGCUUUGUCCGAGCGCGUGGCCCAGCUCGAGCGGGCCCAGGCGGAGGCCCAUCAAAGGGCCCAGGCCGACGAAGCGUCCCGCACGGCGGCGCUCGAGGCGCGUCUCCAUGCUCUCGAGGACGCGGACGCGCGCGCGGCGUCGGCGUUGCGGGAGCGCGACGCGGCGCGGGCCGACGCGGAGCGGCGCGCGGCCGAGCAGUUAAGAAGAGAGGCGGACGCGGCCGUCGCGGUUGAAAGAGCGGAACGCGCACGAAGCGAGGCCCAGGCCCACGCCGACGCUAUGUCUUCUAGAAUAGACGGCCUCGCGCAAGCGCGCGAGGCCGCCGAGGCUCUAGCCAAGACGAAGGCCGAGGAGGCGGUCAUUGCGCAACGAUUGGAGCGGAACGCCGACGCUAGAGCAAAAGCAGCAACCAAGGAGGCGGAGGCCUGUCGAGAUGCGUUUGAUCGGGACCGGAAGCUCUGGGACGGGGUCCGACGGCGUUUACAUAAUCGCGUCGUGGAGCUGCAGGGCAACAUUAGGGUGUUUGUGCGCGUGCGGCCCGCGCUGACCGUCGGUUCCAAAGUGUCUUCUGAUGAAGCCGUGAGCUGCCCGCCCAGUCGAGCGAACAGCUCGGGGGACGAGGUCGAAGUGCCGGAGGACGUAGCCUUCGGCGGGCCGCCGAGAAAAGCGAGAACAUUUAGAUUUGCCUACGAUCGAGUAUUGGGUCCUCAGACAAAUCAAUUGGGCGUCUUUGAUGCGGUAAGGCCCUUCUGCCAGUCCGCAUUAGACGGCUACAAGGUUUGUAUCUUUGCCUACGGCCAGACUGGUUCCGGCAAGACGCACACGAUGCUCGGGCCGCCGGUUGGCGGGAAUGAGGACGACGCCGGUAUUUUACAACGGUCGCUGGGCUUAGUUUUUGACGGCGUCGCGCACCUCGAACAGACGCAGGACUGGAAAUUUGAAUUAAGCGUGGAGAUGCUCGAGAUUUACCUGGAUGGCGUCUAUGAUUUACUAGGUGAUUCCACAGAGAAGCUUACGGUACGAGAGACGCUAGAUGAGGACAUCGUGGUGGAGAACUUGACACGACGUAAAGUCGAGUGCGCGGAGGAUGCUGAUCAAAUACUCCGAGCGGCGUCACGCAAUAGGCACACGGCCGCCACGAACUCGAACAAGACGUCGUCGAGGUCGCACUGCUUGUUUGCUCUGCGUAUCACGGGCACGAACGGGAUUGAGACCCGAGAAGGCGUGUUGAAUCUUGUUGAUUUGGCUGGCUCAGAACGGUUACAUGUGAGUGGGUCGGGUGCCGAUCCACAACUACUAAGGGAGGCGAAGUUCAUCAACUCUUCCCUAUCUACGCUGGGGACGGUCGUCGGCGCUUUGGCGAAGAAGGACCGGAGCCACGUACCUUAUAGGGAUUCGCGGCUGACGUUCUUGUUGCGGCCGUCGUUGUGCGGCGACGCCAAAUGCCUGGCCAUCUUCAACCUCGCGCCGGAGCGGGCGCACCUCCGGGAGUCGCUCUCGACGCUGCGGUUCGGGCAGAAGGUGACGAAGUGCGCGCCUUCCCAAAAGUGCGCGAAGUGCGGGCACCAGCUCAAGUAGGCGUCUGCAUGACUGAAGAUUAAGACAUUACUCUCUG